CCCUCACCCUUCACCACAUCCACGUAUACCAAAUGGCUCGCGCAGAAGAAGUACCAGACGAAUCUGUGGCUCACCCCAACGGUGAUCACCCCGAAGACGUUGAAGUAGACGGCGAAGGCUCAGGCUCUGAUCUCGAAGAUGAAGCCGACGGUACGCCUGGUGCCGGUCCCUCCGAUAGCCCCUCUGCAGCAGGUGCCUCUACCUCCUCGAAGAAGAAAAAGAAGAAGCGCUCGAAGGCUGCGAAGGCUCUAGCUGCUCUCAAGGGAGAUGCUGUACCGCAGAAGUUGGUGGAUACGGUGUUGGAGAAGGUGAAGGAGGAACAUGGGGAGAACCUCCCGGGUGCGGACGCGGAGACUGUGAGGCAGUUGUUGGAGCAAUUGAAGAUUAAGGAUGUCAUGCAGGGCAAGGCUGGACUUGGAGGGAAGAAUAAGAAGGAUGCUGGAGACCACAAGUUUUGGGCUACUCAACCUGUAACUCAGUUUGGCGAAGGCCCUUCUGAGGUGGAUGGCUAUAUCGAACCAUCGAAACCUCGUGAAGAAGUUCGACAGGAGCCAUACCCUCUUCCCAAGGACUUCGAAUGGUCUACUCUCGAUAUCAAUGAAGCAACACAGAUCAGGGAAGUAUACGAACUUCUGUCUGGGAAUUACGUAGAGGACGAUCAGGCAUCUUUCCGCUUUCAAUACACUGCAGAAUUCCUCGAGUGGGCGUUAAAGCCUCCAGGCUACCACAAGGAGUGGCAUCUCGGAGUGCGGGUCUCCUCCAACAAGAAGCUGGUAGCCUUCAUCUCCGGCGUACCCAUCACACUCCGUGUCCGUGACAACAUCAUACAAGCGAGCGAAAUCAACUAUCUUUGCGUGCACAAGAAAUUGAGGUCGAAACGACUCGCCCCUGUUCUGAUCAAGGAAGUGACGCGACAGUGUCACCUCAAAGGCAUAUUCCAAGCCAUCUACACCGCUGGUGUCGUAAUCCCCACACCCAUCUCAAUAUGCCGGUACUACCACCGCACGCUCAACAUUCCCAAGUUGGUAGACGUCAAAUUCACCUACGUACCCCGGAAUAUGACCAUCGCGCGAAUGGUCCGCCAAUACAAGAUUAACUCCACACCUACCCUCGCUCGUUCUGGUCUUCGAGAGAUGGAGGACAAGGAUGUCAAAGCCGUCUUCGAUCUCUUCACGACUUACAUGCAGCGGUUUGAUAUGGUCCCGGUGAUGACUGAGGACGAGGUCCGCCAUCAGUUCUUGAGUGGGAGAGGGAAGGGUGAAAAGGAUGCGGCGGGGCGGAGAGAAGGUCAGGUUGUCUGGACAUAUGUGGUCGAGAACCCAGAAACACACCAAAUCACAGACUUCUUCUCGUUCUACAGCCUCCCCUCGACGAUCAUAGGCCACACGAAGCACAACCUCCUCGAAGCCGCAUACCUGUUUUACUACGCUACCGACGUCGCCUUCCAGACCGAUCUGGACGAGAACAGUACUGUGUUGAAGCGAAGGCUACAGGAUCUCAUCGGGGACGCCAUAAUCGUCGCGAACGAGGCCAAGUUCGACGUAUUCAACGCCUUGACGCUCAUGGACAAUCAUAAUUUCUUACAGGAUCUGAAGUUUGGCUCUGGAGAUGGUUUGUUGAACUUUUAUCUGUAUAACUGGAGGACUAAGCCCCUGGCGGGCCACGCGGCUACCGCUGAUCGCAGUAUAGGAAGAGGUGUAGGUGUGGUUAUGUUGUAAACGAACUUUGCUUUGAGACUUGUACUCCACUCACGCAUAUUCACGACGGCGCGGGUUCAUUCUACGUACUGGCUUUCGGAACAUAUACCAAGCCUUUCAGCC